AGUUCCUGCUCAAAAUAAACUGCCACUUGUUGGCUGUUUUCAUCCAUUGGCGCGUUUCUCUGGUGUUGUUUGGCUGUGAGAAAGGAUGACUUCUACGCCUUGUUGUUGGUGAUUGCAGCAGAGACAGAGUGAGAAAAGGGUUUUGCACAACUUGUGGAGGACCACCUGGACUUUAUGUGACAUGGUGACAUUCCAGUGAACAGAUUGAAUGCCAACAUGAAGCAGCAGUUGGUCAUUUUAGUGUCUCUGACAUUGUCCUGGAGUUUGCAUGCAACAUUAUCACAAACACAUGAAGCUGUGUGUCCUGGUACCCAAAAUGGACUGAGCUCCACAGGCUCUCAGGAAAAUCAAUACAACAUGAUCAAGGACCGCUAUGAAGGUUGUGAGAUUAUUAUGGGAAACCUGGAAAUCACACAGAUUGAGAGCAACUGGGACUUCUCUUUCCUCAAGACAAUCCGUGAGGUGACUGGCUACGUGCUCAUCGCCAUGAAUCACGUCCAGGAAAUUCCCUUGGAGCAACUGCGGGUCAUCCGAGGAAGCAGCCUUUACGAAAGGCGCUUUGCUCUCUCCAUCUUCUUCAACUAUCCCAAGGAUGGUUCGAAUGGUUUACUGCAGCUGGGCUUCGCGAAUCUGACAGAGAUUAUGGAGGGAGGAGUACAGAUUAUUAAUAAUAAAUACCUGAAUUAUGGCCCUUGGAUCUACUGGCAAGAUAUAAUAAGGGACAGCAAUGCUCCCAUUGACAUCCGCUACAAUGGACAGCAAGGCUCGUGUCACAAAUCUUGUGGGGAUUACUGCUGGGGGCCUGAUGAGCUGCACUGUCAAAUCUUGACGAAGACGGUGUGCGCUCCACAGUGCAACGGUCGUUGUUUUGGGGCGAGCCCAAGGGACUGCUGCCAUAUAGAGUGUGCUGCAGGAUGCACCGGGCCUGUGGAUAAGGAUUGUUUUGCGUGUCGCCAUUUCAACGACUCUGGAGCCUGCGUCCCUCAGUGUCCACAAGCUCUCAUCUACAACAAGCAGUCUUUUCAGAUGGAGACUAACCCUAUUGCCAAAUAUCAAUACGGAUCCAUUUGUGUCUCUCAAUGCCCCACUCAUUUUGUAGUAGAUGGGAGUUCCUGUGUGAGCGUCUGUCCCCCAGACAAGAUGGAGGUGGAGCGAAAGGGACAGAGGCGCUGUGAGCCUUGCAGUGGUCUCUGCCCAAAAGUGUGUGAAGGCACAGGUGCAGAACACAGGCAGACUGUGGACUCCAGUAACAUUGACAGUUUCAUCAAUUGCACCAAAAUCCAAGGAAGUCUUCACUUCCUGGUCACAGGGAUUCUUGGCGACGACUUUAAGAAGAUCCCCCCUCUUGACGCCAAAAAGCUGGAAAUUUUCCGCACCGUGAGAGAAAUAACAGAUAUUCUAAACAUCCAGUCAUGGCCCAAAGAGCUCAGUGAUUUAUCAGUCUUUUCCAGUCUCACGACCAUUCAGGGAAGGUCACUUUAUAAGCGCUUUUCCCUGAUGGUGAUGCACAUACCCACCCUCACCUCGCUGGGUCUGCGCUCUCUCCAAGAGAUCAGCGAUGGCAGCGUGUACAUUGGUCAGAACGCCAAGCUGUGCUACCUCCACACUGUCAACUGGGCCAAGUUGUUCAGAGGGCGCAGAGUCCAAGUCAACAACAUCAACACCAACAGGCCGCUGGUGGAAUGUGUUGUAGAGGGACAUGUGUGUGACCCGUUGUGCUCAGACUCCGGUUGCUGGGGCCCGGGGCCUGACCAAUGUCUCUCCUGCAAGAACUUCAGCCGAAAUGGCACUUGUGUGGACAGCUGUCAUUUUCAUACUGGAGCCCCAAGGGAAUUUGCCGGGUCUGACGGCGAGUGUGUAGCCUGCCAUUCAGAGUGUGAAGCUCAGCAUGGAAAAGUCAGCUGCCGUGGACCGGGUGCAUAUGAGUGUGUGGCGUGUGCCAACCUGCGCGAUGGUCCAUACUGCAUGUCUUCUUGCCCAGCUGGGAUGGAUGAUGGACAGAGAGGACUCAUCUUCAAAUACCCCAACAAAGAAGGUCACUGUGAACCAUGCCACCAAAACUGCACCCAAGGAUGCUCAGGCCCAGAACUCAGUGGUUGUUUUGAGACGGUCAGACUGGCAGCCAGCAGUGGCCAGAUCACAGGCAUCGCAUUAGGUGUGCCAGCUGGCUUGAUAUUCUGCCUAGUGUUGUUUUUCCUGGGCGUGCUGUACCAUCGAGGCCUGGCCAUUCGCCGCAAGAGAGCCAUGAGGAGGUACCUCGAGAGCGGCGAGAGUUUUGAGCCACUGGGUCCCGGGGAGAAAGGAACCAAGGUUCAUGCUCACAUUCUGAAGCCAUCAGAGCUAAAAAAGCUCAAAGUCCUCGGGUCGGGGGUUUUUGGCACCGUGCACAGGGGUUUUUGGACUCCAGAAGGAGAAACGGUAAAGAUCCCUGUGGCUGUCAAGACCAUUCAGGACAGUUCGGGCCGUCAGACCUUCACGGAGAUAACCAAUCACAUGCUUUCGUUGGGCAGCCUGGACCACCCCUACAUAGUGAGGCUCCUAGGAAUUUGUCCAGGGUCCAGUCUGCAGCUGGUGACUCAGCUGAGUUCACUUGGCUCCUUAUUGGAGCACAUCAAGCAGCACAGGAACAGCCUGGGACCCCAACGUCUGCUCAACUGGUGUGUGCAGAUAGCCAAAGGGAUGUACUACUUGGAGGAACACUGUGUGGUGCACAGGAACCUGGCUGCACGCAACAUCCUGCUGAAAAACAACUACCAAGUUCAGAUAUCGGACUACGGCGUAGCUGAUCUCCUUUAUCCUGACGACAAGAAAUAUGUGUACACCGACAACAAGGUUGAGUUUCUUCGACAUUUUGUUAUCAUACUAUCAAUCGGAGCUAAUUCACCUGAACUAAUGCAGACUCCAAUCAAAUGGAUGGCUCUUGAAAGCAUCCUGUUUGGAAGAUACACCCAUCAAAGUGAUGUCUGGAGUUACGGGGUGACAGUUUGGGAGAUGAUGUCGUUCGGGGCAGAGCCUUACGGUUCCGUGCAGCCGCAGGAAGUGCCGGGCCUGCUGGAGAAAGGCGAGCGUCUGUCACAACCUUACAUCUGCACCAUAGACGUCUACAUGUUCAUGGUCAAAUGUUGGAUGAUUGAUGAAAACAUAAGGCCCACCUUCAAAGAGCUGGCAAGCGACUUCACUCGCAUGGCAAGAGAUCCACCCAGAUAUCUGGUCAUCAAGCUGGAGGGACAAGACGACGGCUCACAAGACGUCCAUCGCAGAGAUUCCGAGCGAGGACUGCUCCACCCAGAUUUGGUCAAUGAAGAUGAGGAAGGAUUGGAGGACGGUUUGGCAACACCUCCUCUGCAACACUCUCCAUCAUGGAGUCUACCUCGCUCAAGGAUGAAUUCCUACAGGAGUGGUGCAUCUCUAGCAGGCCCUGUUGGAUACCUUCCAAUGACUCCAAGUCCUGGAGAAAGCCUUCGCCAGUUGUGGUUCCAGAGGUCCCGUCGGAGUUCGGUGAGAACAUUACCGGAGAGGUCAGAGAUGCGGGGGAGUGGUAGGGAGCCAGAGCUGCGUGAGGAAGGCCUAAGGACUGCAGGUGCUCCCCACAGGGUUCGGCUUGGCUCUGAAAGAGGUCCUCCCCGUUUAUCCAUCAACCGACACAGGAAGCUCUCAACAGUAUCCAGUCCAUCCUCUUACAAGGUGUGGACGGCAGGAGAGGAGGAGGACGAGGAGGUGGACCACUAUGGUUACGUCCUUCCUGGGUCACCUGGCACUCCUCAAAGAGGGCUCUCAGUUUGCAAAGUCAACCAUUCUGUGCAGAAAACCUCAAGGUUAACAAAGAUGAAUCUGCCACUUUUGGUGAAAACUACACCCAUGGAGUAUGAGGUGAUGAGCCAUACUCACUCAACAAGGGAUGUCUCCUCACUGAAUGAUGGCUCAAUGGUGGCUCAUAGAACCUCACCGUUGCCCUCUCCAAUUGUCAAGACUCCUUUACCUGUAGAGGAUAUGCCCAAUGAAGACCUCAGCAGUCAGCGGGUAAAUGAGGACUGUGGUGGCAAAAUAGACUCCACCGAGAAACAUCACCUCGAGCAGCUCCCACAGGUAAAAGUUAGGUAUGAAUACAUGGACAUCAGGCGCUCUGACUCCAAAGAAGAAGAGGAGCUGGCACAGGAGAGACAUGAAACAUCUACAACUGAGCCAGAAGACACCGCUGAGGAAGAAGAGCACCAAUUAGGUGAUGAAGACACGAAUAAACAACAAACCCUUGAGGGGAGUAAAUGUUUGCACAUGCCAGAUGCGGUCAAAGAUGAGGGAAAGGAGGACUAUGAGGAGAUGGCCCCAUUUGAAGGGAUACCAAAUGGGUGGGAGCAGGCAGACUACCAAAAUCUCCCCGUAAAGGGGGAGGUGGGCAUGGGCAGCAGCAGGUGUGCAGGGAUCGGGGGAUACAUCAAGGUGUGUGCUGGCUUAGGCGAGCCUGGCAGCAGCUCAUCGUUUGACAACCCCGACUACUGGCACAGCAGAAUGUUCCUGAAGCCAGAUGCUGUACGUACCUAAUCAUGUGGACUGGGACAUGCACCCGCUGUAUCAGUACUUACGGCGCUCUCUGUGUUGGGGAUAUUGUUGAACAUUUUUUUAAAUCAUCAAGUAAAGGGAAAGUUUCAUUUAACAGUGUUAUGAUGCAUUCAAUGAGAUGAUGAGCUGGAGCACAGAAUAGGUAUGUGGUAUUUAUGUAAAUCAGCAUUUUGUACAUUUCCUUUUAGCAUGAAUAACUGAACUAUUUUGUGAGAAUGUCAUCUUUGCUUUACAAAUGUAUUUAUGUCAAAAAAAUGUUUACAUUAUCUUGACAUGUGCUUUUCAGUAAAACAAGUGACUAAAUCAAAA